GUAACCUCUUUUAUCCACUCCCAUUUUCCCUCUCUCUUUCUAAAACCAGAAGCAGAGAAGAUAUGAUUCUUCUCCCUCCAUCACCACCACCACUUCCUACUCGCUCCACUUCACCACCAACAACUGUUUUCUCCUUAGUUCUCCGCCACCACCAUAUCUUUUCUCCAUCACCACCACUAACCUCUACAAUCACCACAACCGCCAUUGCUUCAACCUCUUCCCUCUAUUCUUCUUCUUCUUCAUCAUCUGCAACUGAUGAUUUAACUUCACUUCACAACCGUCGUUACGAUUUCACACCACUAAUUAGAUACCUAUCAUCAUCAAAUAAACCCACCAAUUUCAAAACUGAGAAUUCCGAGUCGCCGAUUUCAUUAGACCCAAUUGAGAUAAAAUUGGCUGAAACAUAUAGAGCUGUAUCAGCUCAACUAUGGCAUUCCUUACUUAAAUCAUUAUGUUCAUCAAAAUAUACUCUUGAUACAGCUUAUUCCUUGGUUACUUGGUUACAAAAACAUAAUUUGUGUUUCUCUUAUGAUCUUCUUUACUCUAUUUUAAUUCAUGCAUUAGGUCGUUCUGAUAAAUUAUAUGAAGCUUUUUUGUUAUCUCAACAAAGAAGUUUAACCCCAUUAACUUAUAAUGCUUUAAUUGGUGCUUGUGCUCGUAAUGGUGAUCUUGAAAAGGCUUUGAAUUUGAUGUCUAGAAUGAGAAAAGAUGGGUUUCAAUCAGAUUUUGCAAAUUAUAGUAUUAUUAUUCAAUGUCUUACGCGUGGUACGAAUACAGUUGAUUCGUCUGUUUUACAGAAAUUGUAUCAAGAAAUGGAGUCUGAUAAGAUUGAAUUAGAUUGUCAGUUGAUGAAUGAUUUAGUUGUUGCAUUUUCUAAAGCUGGGGAUCCAGAUAGGGCUAUGUUUUUCUUGGCAAUGAUUCAAGGUCAGGGUUUGAGUCCUAAAACUUCAUCACUUUUGUCUAUUAUAUCUGCAUUAGGGAAUUGUGGAAGAACUAUGGAAGCCGAAGCGAUUUUUGAAGAGAUGAAAGAGGGUGGAUUGAAGCCCAGAACUAGGGCUUAUAAUGCAUUAUUGAAAGGGUAUGUGAAAAAUGGGUCUCUGAAAGAUGCUGAAUCAAUUGUGUCUGAGAUGGAAAAAUGUGGAGUUUCUCCAGAUGAACAUACUUAUAGUCUUCUUAUUGAUGCGUAUGCUAAUGCUGGACGAUGGGAAAGUGCAAGAAUUGUGCUGAAAGAAAUGGAAGCUAAUGAUGUUCAGCCCAAUUCAUAUGUGUUUAGUAGGAUUUUAGCGAGUUAUCGUGAUAGAGGGGAUUGGCAGAAAUCAUUUUCAGUUCUUAAAGAGAUGAAAAAUAGCGGGGUUAAACCUGAUAGGCAUUUUUACAAUGUCAUGAUUGAUACGUUUGGUAAAUAUAAUUGUUUGGAACAUGCCAUGGCUACUUUUGAGAAGAUGAAAUCUGAUGGAAUUCAACCCGAUAAUGUUACAUGGAACACAUUGAUUGAUUCUCAUAGAAAAUCAGGGCAUCAUGGAAUGGCCGAGGAGUUGUUUGAUACAAUGCGAGAGAGUGGAUGUCCUCCUUGUGCCACUACAUAUAACAUUAUGAUUAAUUCUCUAGGGGAGCAGGAGAAGUGGGAUGAGGUCAAGAGCUUGUUAGGGAAGAUGCAGGGCCAAGGCUUGAUACCGAAUGUUAUCACUUACACUACGUUGAUUGAUAUAUAUGGGCAAUCAGGAAGGUUUCAGGAUGCUAUGGAGUGCUUAGAUGUCAUGAAAUCUGCUGGUCUAAGACCCUCUGCACCUAUGUACCAUGCGUUGAUCAAUGGAUAUGCUCAAAGGGGUUUGUCUGAAUUAGCAGUAAAUGCUUUUAGGAUCAUGAGAGCUGAUGGAUUUAAACCUAAUGUUCAAGUUCUGAACUCAUUAAUCAAUGCUUUCGGCGAGGAUAGAAGAGAUGUUGAAGCGUUUGCCGUGUUGCAGUUUAUGAAGGAAAAUCAUUUGAAACCAGAUGUUGUGUCAUAUACGACCCUCAUGAAAGCACUAGUCCGUGUUGAGAAGUUUGAAAAGGUUCCAGCUGUGUACGAAGAAAUGAUACUGUCUGGUGUCUCUCCCGAUAAAAAAGCUAGAGCAAUGCUGCGAUCUGCACUGAGAUACAUGAAGCACCUUCUGAAUUCAUAGCACAACAUUGAAGCACUCGGGGAAACAAAUAACUGCUUAAUUGCUAUAUCAGAUUAUUCAAGGCCCAUUUCAGGUAGAAAACCUGUACUUGAUGAAAGGGGCGGCAAAGAAUACAUGUUUCAACAUAGUUGAAAGAUUUGAAUUCAUGUUUCUUCCAGAAUAUGUUUGUAUGUAAUUUAUUUCCAAAAGGGAUCACCAUAGUAUGGAUAGCUUGUACAUGAAUUUCCAAUUGAUCAAUACUAAUUCUGUAUUAUAACCAUCAAAGAUAUGAAGUAUGAACAAUAUAUUGUCGGUCUUCUGGUUCA